CUUGACCACAUCAGUGGUUUUUCAUCUCAUUACCAUGCUCGCCCGACUGGUGCGCUCGUCGCGUGGCCGCCGCGGCGCCAUGAACUUCAGCGCUACGCCAUUCGUGCCGCCGCACGACAAACCACACGCUCGAUCCAUCAUCGUUGAAACCGUUCUGGACGAGGACGACGACGAAGAAGAUAUGGAGGACAUGGUCGUGAUCGGCCCCGCGGGUGUCGAAUGGGGCGGCCCCCAGCGCGGUGGCAAGUACAAGGAACCCACGCGGUUUGGCGACUGGGAAAAGAAAGGUCGGUGUUGUGACUUUUAAACUUAAUACGAACCCAAAACACGUUCUAAUCGUC